AUGCACAUACUAAUAAAUUUGUUGAUGUGCCAUUCACUUUACGUAUCUGAAAGUGGUAGUGGGCAGGAAAUGCCUGUUAGGGAACAUCGAACGUUAAAUAGGGAAGGUAGAAGUGGCUUUAUAUCAUCUUUGUGUUGCAAUGAUAUGCAACGUGACAAUAACACAUAUUGCAAUCACGUGGAUAAAUUCAAGUUUACUGUUCCUGCAUGUAUUUAUGAAAAUAGGUCAUUCUCAAAAGAAAAUUUUGAAGAUCUGGUAAUAUUUUCCGAAAAAAUGAUAGAUAACAUAGAGAAUAACCUACCUACACCAUAUUACGGACACAUAAUAGACAAAGUACGCAAAAAUCCGCAGUGUGGAUUGAUAAAUUUUAACGCACACUGCUAUAUCAAUGCUGUUAUACAAAUUUUGUUUUCAUCACGAAAAUUCGUAAAGUGCAUGCGGGAUAACAUGCAUACGUGCAAACUUCUGUAUUUAUUGAACGAGCUAUACGUAAAAAUGAAAAACUGCGUGCUCGUAAGUCCUCUUUCCGCCUACCGCAAAAUAUCUGAAGAGUGCAACAUCCUGUUCAACGUGUAUGAGCGGAGCGGCUAUAGCUCAGAUGUAAUAAGCACAGUAUCAAGCAACUUGGAAAAGCACGCGAUACGUACCAUGAGUAUAAAGGCAAGGCAGGAAUGUUUCUGGAAGUAUCCGUUAUUAGAUAUUAUGGACGACGGCAACGUGCAAGAACGGAUAGAUAAGUUUCUGAAGCGCAAACCGAAAGUAGAAUUUAACGAUAUCAUUGUUUUCAGUGGAUUCCUUACCGAUAACAUGUUAAAAUGUCGGAUUGCCGAUCACAAUAUCAUAACGGUGAAGAAUACAAAAUAUGAACUGCUUGGCGUGCUGGAAAGAGUACCUAACAAUUGUAACGAGUACCACAUAAUAGCGUUUGCGAAGCGAAAUGGUGAAUGGUUCAUGUUUAAUGACGAAUAUGUCCUGAAGAUAAGCGCAGAUAGAGUGCUGAAAGACAAGGAGACGUAUUACAUGUUUUAUGAAAGAAUUUAGGGCACAUAAUGCUUGCAGGAAUGAAGGUGUUUGGUCUUGAGUUGCAUUUGUGAGCUAAGUUUUACAAAAAUAGUUUUUUAUGAUCCUAUGAACCACGGGCCAGCGGCAGAUCGGUCCUAGAAAACCAGAAAAGUGUUUUUGUGAUAUUAUAUGAGAAGAUAAAUGAAUACAUUUUCAGUAAAGAAGCAUUUACUAUCAAAUA